AUGGCGUCCGCGAGGAGGCCGCUAGGCAGCGCCCCGGCCACGGCGCCCAGCGGCACCAGCGCGCUCGCCCACGAGCCCUGCUCCUCGCUCAGGCGGAGCGGCGGCGUGGGCGACGCCGCCCACGCGGCCGACGCGUUGCCCUCGCGCUGCAGCACGGGCAGCGCCGGCGACGUCCAGCCCAUCGCCACGCCCGCGCACAUCGCCGCCAGGUUCGCUGCGGCACGAUCACACCCGGGUUUAGACAGACAGAUGACGCUCGUACAAGCAACGGUGGAUAGCAAUGCCCCUUAUCCUAAAUCACCAAGUGCAGAGACAUUCCAAUCGAAGAAUAGGGGGAGCGUAGCCGUCGUGGUGGAAGCAGGGUUCGGCGCCUCCAAGGUUGCACGAGCCCAGCAGAGGAGCGCGCUCACUGACGGCCAUUUUACGAAGAAACAACUCACUACAAGAUAUUAUUCCAUUCUAUUUGUUGCAAACGUUCUGCCAAUUGCCACAAAUCUGCUUUUUGUUGUUGUUUUUGCCUUUUAA